AUGUGGGAUCUUCAUACUACGAGGGAAACCAGCGCCCGAACAGGCGCAGAAGCAGACGCUCAACUGUCCAAAGCGUGCGAGGAUCCGGGGCAGAAUUCCACGACGAGCAGAGGCUGGCACGGGGGCGGGGCUGCGGGUUAUUAUGCCUCAGCAGGGGGAGGGCCCCCCGUAGGUUCGCAGUUAUGUGUUGCUUCUGCGUGUUUCUUUCACGUGAAGGAGGGGGGUUGGAGGAUUUCGGUGCCCCGUGCGUGUCAGCUCAGGGCUCGGCGGCGUUCGCAGUGGACUCCCAGUGGUUCCAGUGGUUCCAGUGGUUCCAAUGGUUCCCAUUUGGUUCCAGUGGGCUUCAGCUGCAGAACCCCCAGAGCAGUAGCGCAGCCAUCCAGCGUCCAUCCCAACAGAGUAUCCAUGCCAGAACCAGCUAGGGCUCAUAAAGGGCAAUUUGCGGUUUGCAGCGAGACACGCAUGAAGGCGAACAAUGGGAUUUCCAGGACCAUGGCACGGCAAAGCCAGGCUCGUAAAAGACGACAAGACGCACCAGCGGCCAGAACCACCCAGCGGUCCAUCGGCACACUGGUACCUACGCAGGCUGGGUCCCCGUCCGAGACAAAAAGAACGCGAGAGGGGGACACAGAGAAAGUUGCGGUGCCGAGACGAAUUACGAGACAUUUGGCGAGAUACGCCAUGCCAGGCAAGGACGCCAGGCCAGACAAGGACAGGACUAAAGAACCUGACCGCACGUCGAGUUGUCGUUGCGGUGGCCAGGCCGUCUUGGUACCAAAUCCAGACCGACCCUAA